AGGUGUCGCGGGAUAAUGUCGCGGAACAGCUCGUCGGGGUAUGACAGGCUCAUCACUGUCUUCUCGCCUGAAGGAAGACUCUACCAGAUUGAGUAUGCUUUCAAGGCAGUGAAGGCAGCGGGUAUCACCACAGUGGGUGUUCGGGGAGCAGAUAGCGUUUGCAUUGUUACGCAGAAGAAAGUUGCGCAAGGACACUCACAGGAUAAGCUGUUGGAUCCUUCGUCAGUCACGCACAUGUACAGAGUUACAGAAACUAUAGGAUGCGUGCAGACUGGACACCAAGCGGAUGCUCGUGCUCAAAUUCAGCGUGUGCGCCAGGAAGCAGCGCAGUUCAGAUACAAGUAUGGAUACGACAUGCCUCCCGAGGUGUUGGCAAAGCGAGUUGCUGACAUGAACCAAGUCUACACGCAACAUGCUGGUAUGCGCCCAUAUGGUGUUACGAUGAUGCUAUGUGGAAUGGAUGAUGAGAAGGGUCCUCAGCUGUUCAUGUGCGAUCCCGCGGGCCAUUAUUUGGGGUACAAAGCAGUUGCAGCCGGUCAAAAGGAUCUUGAGGCCAAGAAUAUGUUGGAAAAGAAGUUGAAGAAUUCCCCUACGCUUUCAUAUGAUGAGACCAUUCAGAUGGCAAUUACAGUACUGCAAUCUGUCUUGUCAGCUGACUUCAAGUGCUCAGACAUUGAGGUUGGUGUGGUCAACAAGGACAACAAGGGAAGGUUCAGGCAGUUGGAUGAGGCAGAAAUCGAAAGGCAUCUUGUCGCAAUUAGUGAGAGGGAUUAAGCGAAACGUUUUUUGGUGAAGGCAGUUUGAUUGUCGAUGUACUUCUCAAUCUAAUGAAAGAUUUCUUCGG